UUCCCAACUAGGACUAGGGAGGCAAAACUAGGGUGUAACCCUUUUGUUUGGCGAAGCAUAUUAGCAGCUCAAAAUGUGGUAGUAGCGGGCUGCACCAGAAGGGUGGGUAAUGGACAGUCCAUUUCAGUUUGGAAGGAUUAUUGGCUUCCAAGAAGUUGCUCGGGGAGAUUGUGUUCAGUAAGACCGCAGGGGAUAGCGGAUAUGAAUGUGGCGGCCUUGUUAAAUGAAGAUGGAAAAAGCCGGAAUAUUCGGCGUAGUAACUCAAUUUUUAACGAGGAAGAAGCGUUGUUAAUUCGUAGCAUCCCGUUGAGUCUUAAUCCGUUGGAGGAUGGGUAUAGAUGGAGUGAGGAUGCAAAAGGGAAAUAUAGUGUUCGUAGUUGUUAUAGAAAGUUAGUUGGCAAUGUUCAGCCCCAAGGCUGGGUGGGAUGGACGGCGGUUUGGAGGUUUAGAGUUCCACCUAAAGUCAAAGUUUUUAUUUGGCAGCUGGCUAGUGGUAUCCUAUCAACGGUCGAGUUUCUGAAAAGAAGGCAUAUUCCGAUUGUGGGGAGCUGUCUUAUUUGCAAUAGGGAGGAAGAGUCCACAACUCAUCUAUUUUUAGAGUGCCAAGCAUCGAAAGAGGUCUUGAAGGCAGCAGGGUAUAUUUCUUUAUUGCAGGUGAGCCCAGUUGAGGAGUGGCUGCAGCAGGUCUUUAGCAGGCUAGAUGAGGAAGGAAUUUCUAAAGUUAUAAUGCUCUUAUGGAGCAUUUGGAAGUCUAGGAAUGGAAUUGUAUGGAGAGGUGAGUCAUUCUCAGUCACGAGAGUGCAACGUGCAGCAGAUACUCUUUUGAAGAGUUGGAGAGCAGUCCAUGAAGGUGACAGCAGGUUGGUGAGAUCUAGUACGAUGCAGAGUGAACAAAAGUGGCAAAGCCCGGAGGAAGACCAAGUUAAGGUCAACGUUGAUGCAGCACAUAAUCCGAGGACUUGUGUGGUCGUGGGGCUGGAUUAGUCGUAACAGCGAGGGAGAAUCUUACAAGGGUGUCCUCAACACAGAUUUUAAAGGAUUGCAGAUUCUAUGGAUUUUAAAUGAAUUCUACAGAUUCCAUGAGAUUGAUAUGGAAUUCUAUUUCAUACAAUGAUAUGGAUUUUGACGGAUCUAAAUAGAUUUUAAUAUACAAUUCUAUGGAUUUAAUAUACAAUUGCGUGGCAGAUUAUAAUACUUCGAAGUAUUACAAAAGCUUGUAAUACAGAACGAAGCUGGUAGGAG